UUUAUUGGGGGGAGUCUCCUUCAAAUAAGAUGCCGUCGCCGAUUCCUGUUCACCGAAUUUUACCGAAAGGCUUUCCUCCUGCCAUUACUUUGCGAGCUUGCAGCAGUCCCAAUCAGCUCCAGAGAAGACACUUCUCUUUCGUGAAACAAACUAAGGAGUUGCCGCAACGGCCUUGGUAUACGGUCAUUUGGGAUGAAUUAAAGCUAUUCGACCUUCUGGGCUCGGGAGGCUUCGGCUGGGUUUACAAAGGGACUUACUACGGCAACACUGUGGCAAUAAAGAAGGUAAGAAAGUGCACUAAGAACAAACUGGCCGCCAGGCAGAGUUUCUGGGCGGAGCUGAAUGUCGCACACCUGGUGCAUGAGAACAUCGUGAAAGUUGUAGCAGCCACCACGUCAGUCCCCGCGAGUCCGCAGGUCGACGAUUGUGUGGGCACCAUUAUCAUGGAAUAUGCAGGAGGAGCGAGCCUAGACCACAGGAUUUACAACAGUGCUGAUUCGCUGGAGGUCGGAGAAUGCCUGAGGUUUUCGAGUGAUAUUGUGAGCGGACUGACUUUCCUCCACUCUCACAAUAUCGUCCAUCUCGACCUGAAACCAGCCAACGUACUCCUCACAGACUCGGGACGCUGUAAAAUUGGUGAUUUUGGUUGUUCUUACAAACUGGCGUCGAGCGGUGACUUGAAACCCAAUGGCCAAUUACGGCAUCUAGGAGGUACCUACACCCACCGCGCGCCAGAACUGCUGAGAGGCCGCAACGCUACCCUCAAGGCGGAUAUUUACUCUUUCGCCAUCACGCUCUGGCAGAUGGUGAGCCGCGACCACCCCUUUUCUGGCGAUCGCCAGUGUGUAAUGUAUGCAGUAGUGGCCUAUAACCUGCGCCCUCCCUUUUCUCCUGUUUUCAACGAGACUUUGAUGGGCCGGAGCAUUCGCUCUGUCAUUGAUGACUGUUGGGUGGUUGAGCCGAGUAAUAGACCUAGUGCAGAACAAUUGUUAGAAACUAUUAAUAACUUGAAGUCUCUACUCUAAUAUAAUUUUAGGAAAUAUGUAAUUAAAAUAGGCUCAUUCAUGUGUUCAAUGUUGUCGACUUCGUGAACGAAAUUAGCUGUUUAAAUAAAAUA